UGUCAAAGUCAAAACAGUCAAACGUAAGCACUUUGGAACAUCUGUGCUGUGCUGAAGAAAAUAGUAUAUUUAUUACAAUUUUGCGUAUUAUACCAAUAUGUUAGACUUGUUCAGCAUUUUCAGUAAAGGUGGUAUUGUGUUAUGGUGUUUUCAAAGCACCAGUGAAAUAUUCACGCCGUCGGUUAAUGCUCUAAUCCGAGGUGUGAUACUGCAGGAGCGAACAGGGAACAAUACGUUCAACCAUAACGCUCUGACGCUGCAGUACAAGCUUGACAAUGAGUUUGAACUGGUUUUUGUGGUGGCGUAUCAGCGCAUACUUCAAUUAUCAUAUGUGGACAAGUUCCUCAAUGACGUCCAUCUCGAGUUUAGAGAUAAGUACAAAAACGAGCUGCAGAGCGCGCAGCAUAUCAUGGAUUUCGAUUUCAAGACAACCUUUGAUAGAGUUCUCAAAGGAUGUGAGAUAUGGGCUAAGUCACAAGCUAAAAUUCCAAAACAAAUGAGAUCAUUUGAAGAUUCUCAGAAGUCUAAAAAGACUGUUGCAUCAAUGAUUGAGCGUAAGGGAGACGAGAAGAGCAAAAAGUCAGUGAAAAUAGUAGAAACAAAGAGUAUGAGCAAUGGGAAGGUGGAAGAGUCCCCGGAGACAGACGACGACGUCAUUGCAGCCAAUCGUGCCAAGAUGGCCCAGAAACUGGCUUCUAAGAACAAAAAGGAACCCAAGAAGUCGCCGAAGGUGGCGAAGUCCCCGAAGGCGGAGGAGCGCGUGAAGCAGCCGCGCGUGUGGGCGCUGGGCGGCGGCGCGCGAGACCUGCCCGCGCUCGACUUCAGCACCGACGCGCCCGACGUCGUCCGCGACCUCACUCCCGACACUCAGUUGGUUGGUCAAAUGGCGGGCGCCAUCCGCGAUCUGGAGGUGGAGUCCGAGGAGAGCAGCAGCGAGGACGAGUACGACGCGCCCAGUCCCAAGAAGGCUGGCGGCAUGUUCAGCAUUUUCAAAGGUCUGGUGGGUUCCAAGGCGCUGACAGAAGAAAGUAUGCGACCAGUGCUGGACAAGAUGCGCGACCAUCUCAUAUCGAAGAAUGUAGCCGCAGACAUCGCCAACAAGUUGUGCGACUCUGUGGCCAACAAGUUGGAAGGGAAGGUGCUGGGUACGUUCGACAGCGUGGCCAAAACGAUCAAGACAACGCUCACGGAGUCCCUGGUUCAAAUCCUGUCGCCGAAGCGGCGCGUGGACAUCUUGAGGGACUGCAUGCACGCGAAGCAGCAGGGAAGGCCUUAUGUCAUGGCUUUUUGUGGGGUGAACGGUGUAGGAAAAUCGACGAACCUGGCGAAGAUCUGCUUCUGGCUGAUUGAGAACGAGAUGUCGGUGCUGAUAGCGGCGUGCGACACCUUCCGCGCAGGCGCAGUGGAGCAGCUGCGCACGCACCAGCGGCAUCUCAACGCGCUACAUCCGCCCGAACGACACGCCAACAGGAAUAUGGUCACGCUUUACGAGAAGGGAUAUGGUAAAGACGCGGCCGGAAUCGCGAUGGAAGCCAUCAAGUACGCGAGCGACAUGAAGAUAGACGUGGUGUUGGUGGACACGGCCGGCCGGAUGCAGGACAACGAACCGCUCAUGCGCGCGCUGGCUAAACUCAUCAAGGUCAACGAACCAGACAUGGUUCUGUUCGUCGGAGAAGCUUUAGUCGGCAACGAGGCGGUCGACCAACUGGUGAAGUUCAACCAGGCGUUAGCCGACCACAGCUCCUCCAGCAACCCACACGUCAUCGACGGCAUAGUGCUGACCAAGUUCGACACUAUCGACGAUAAAGUCGGCGCCGCCAUAUCGAUGACAUACAUCACUGGCCAACCCAUUGUCUUCGUGGGAACGGGACAGACUUACACUGAUUUGAAAGCUUUGAAUGCCAAUGCAGUCGUCCACGCUUUGAUGAAGUAACGUCAAACACCAUAUUGUAUAUGCCAUGCUGUCAUUUCAAACUAAUUUUGUGUUACAACUAAUUUAAGUGAGAAAAAAGAUUAUAAUAUUUUGUGAAACCUAUUACCUAGAACCUUAUUCUUUAAUUUUCAUUCUAUACUAACUUAUGAUAAACGAACUAAGCUAAAUCUGUUUCAGACAAGUAGUUUUUAUUCCUUUUAGUAUUAGACCGCUAGACUUUUCUCUAUAAUAUGGCAUAUAUAAUAUCAAUUUAAACACGUAUUUCGUCUGUAUUGUAUUUUAUUGAAAUUUUAAUUACUGGUAGUAUAAUAUUUAUUAUUACCUCUAUUAUCUAUAAUUUGUAAAGUUUAACGUUAUUUGCAUUAAAUGUGGUAAUUUACGACUUCAAUACCUUGUAAUGCAAUUAUACAAUACAACGAAAUACCUAAUAUUUACAAUAUUUAGGAAGUUCUUAAAGUUUUAUAGGAUCGUCUCAAACAUUACUAUGUUAUUAAUCAUGCUCUUUUUUUUACUAGAACUUGUCCUAUAUCCGGCGACAACUUCAACUAUGAUAUCAGUUAUUAUAUUUCUAAAUAAAUGUUAUUUUAUUAAAAUGGGUUUUAUUCGGGUGUAUAAUGACAGGGAUUAGGUUUUUAUAAAAACGUAUUUGUUAAAAUUUUUAUUGAUGUGAUUUAGUGUCAUAUAGUUAUGUUUGGUUGUACGUUGUGUUAAAAUUGCUAGUACAAACAAUAUGUUCAAUCAGUUGAGUCUAGAUUUAAUUUACUAAAGUAGGAACACCACAUUUUGUGUAAGUUCUCUGCAUCUAUCACCCACCACAAUCUUUAGUUAAUUUCUGAGUACAUAUUUCCUAUUUACAUUAUUCUGUCGUCUUGCAACGACCAAAUUGUGCCUUUGUCCAUUCAAUCUUAUUGAUUGGAUUGCUUUGAAAAAUACUAAUAAAUUAUCACUGCCCGACUUUGCCUGACCAAACUGCAUUAUACAAAAUCGCUUUUAUACAAUAAGUACAAUAUUUUCAUAAGAAUAGUGUCCUCGUCUGUUAAAUAAUUUGAUAUGUAUUUCAAAAGAUGAAAAAUACGUUAACUUUAAUAAUUUUAUCAUGGUUGUUAAUUUACCUUAUUCUAUUCCCAACGCAGACAUGAUUUAUCGCCAAUAAAUUGCGAAUUAAAAUGUCA